UCAGUUGUGUAAAUUGCGUUUACUAAAUAUGAAUUUGAAUAUUUGAUCGGCUGUUAAAGUUUCUGUUUAAUUUUCAUUUAUUCGUUUUAAUUUAGUAAUUUUAAUGACUUAAAAAAUGAAUUUGAAGUGUGUAUCAAAUAUAAAAUGUGAUCAAGGAGCAAUACGCUCCGUGAGGUUUAAUGUGGAUGGUGAAUAUUGCCUUACGUGUGGAAGUGAUAAGAAAAUAAAGCUCUGGAAUCCAUUUAAGGAGUUGUGUUUAAAAACAUAUGCUGGUCAUGGAGACUGUGUAAUGGAUGUAUGUGGUUCGUGCGAUAGCAGUGAGUUGGUAUCAUGCGGAGCUGACAAAUCAGUUGUAUUAUGGGAUGUAUCAGAUGGAAGAGUAAAACGCAGAUUGCGGCAGCAUGCUGCAACAGUGAAUUGUGUUCAAUAUAAUGAAGAUUCUUCAGUUGUGGUGUCAGGAUCAAAUGACAACACUGUUUGUUGUUGGGAUACUAGAAGUCGUAAUAACAGCCCAAUACAAGUUUUAAAAGAAGCCAAAGACAGUAUAACUAAAGUUUUAGUAAUAGGCCACCAAAUUUUAACUGGUUCAUUGGAUUGCUUUUUAAGAACUUACGAUAUAAGAAUGGGAAAUUUGGAUGCUGAUUUUAUUGGGACGCCGAUAUCAUGUAUUAGUUCAACACAAGACAAUAUGUGCACUUUAGUAAGCUGUACAGACAGUACAUUGAAAUUAAUGGACAAACAAAAGGGUGAAUUAUUGAAUGAGUAUACAGGCCAUACAGUUGGUGAUUAUUUUAUUGAAAAUUGUGUAUUUCAUAAUGAUAGCGUAAUAAUUAGUGGAUCAACCUGUGGACAUCUGUGGUGUUGGGAUUUUGUCAGUGCUAAACUUAUAGAGAAGUUAAAACCUAAUAACAAUGUUUCAUACACACAAUCCAUCAACUCAAUUAGUGCACACCCCAGUAAAAAAACACUAGUAGCAUCAUGCGGGCCUUGUAUUAGUCUCUGGUCUGAAUAAUUAAUAUUUAAUUU